AUGAUCCGGACGACGACGAUCGGGCUCCUCCUCAUGGCCGUGACCGCGCUGCGCCCGACCGCGACCGAUGGCUCGCUCGGGCUACCCUGCAUUGAUGGCAAGUGCAAUGACGGCAGUCUAUGCUACCACGAGAGCGCACCGUCGCGCGGCCUCUGCUCGACGUACGUCGAGCGCGGGUCGGCCUGCGACGCCCCCGGCAUCCUCUGUGCGUGGCCGGCGAUAUGCACCGAGAAGAUCUGCGCCGUGCCCAGCGAUCUCUCGGGCUUUGAAGGGUCGAGGUGCCACCGCGGCGCGUGCUACGACGGCUCGAUGUGCGUCCCUUUAAGCGCCGACAACGACAGCGUCGCGACGCGCUGCCGGCGUCUUUAGCGCGUGCAUGCAAGAGACAUAUAGAAUUGAUGUGUGUACACUAUUCUACAUACAAAUGAAAACAACAACAAGAUC